UUCUCUGUCACACUAGUUGCUAUUUUGUUUAAUUUGCUGUAGAAUGAGAGGCGGAACUACAGUAAGAUUCCGCUUCCGCUCGGACCUUUAACAGUGAUGCACAGGAGGAUUAUGUGUCCUACGUCUGUCAUUCUAAAAUCGUGCUUUUGUUGGAUCUGAGGAGGAAAAUCUGUACCAUGACGCUUUUUCAUUUUGGAAACUGUUUUUCCUUGGCCUAUUUCCCAUAUUUCAUUACUUACAAAUGCAGUGGGUUAUCGGAAUAUAAUGCAUUUUGGAGAUGUGUCCAAGCAGGUGCUACAUACCUCUUCGUGCAGCUGUGCAAGAUGCUGUUUCUUGCCACAUUUUUCCCCACCUGGGAGGGAGGAGCUGGCGUGUAUGAUUUUGUUGGGGAGUUCAUGAAGGCCACAGUGGACAUGGCCGAUCUUCUAGGUCUUCAUCUGGUUAUGUCUAGGAAUGCUGGGAAGGGUGAAUAUAAGAUCAUGGUGGCAGCUAUGGGCUGGGCCACAGCGGAGCUCAUCAUGUCAAGAUGUAUACCGUUAUGGGUGGGAGCUCGUGGCAUUGAGUUUGACUGGAAAUACAUCCAAAUGAGCUUUGAUUCCAACAUCAGUCUGGUACAUUAUAUUGCCAUGGCGGCAGUAGUAUGGAUGUUCACUCGAUACGACCUCCCCAAAAGCUUCCGUCUCCCCGUCACCAUCCUGCUUGGAUUGUGUGUUUAUAAGGGAUUUCUAAUGGAACUGUUCGUACACGUUUUCCUCCUGGGCAGCUGGACGGCUCUCCUAGUGAAGGCCGUGCUCACCGGUGCGAUCUCCCUCUGUUCACUCUUCCUGUUCGUCACUCUCGUUCACAGCAACUAAACGCUGUGAACUGUACAGUGCCACCACAUGGGGCAUUUCAAAUAUUUAACGAGCAAAUCCACAUUCCUACAUUGAAUUUUUGUAUCUGCCACAAGGAGACUGUGAGAGUAUGACUGUUAUUAUUGAACAGGUUUUUAAAUAACUCCAUUAACUAAAUAAACAUAUGCAUUCAAUAUGAAGGAAUGCUUGGACAGUUUGGGGAAAGAAACCAGUAAUGGUGAAACUUACCUUCUUAAUCACAAACUAAUUUAUAAAUAAAGACCAGAUGGGAUAAAAA